AUGUCCCUUCCGCAAUUGCUAGUUGGCAAAGUCGCAGCCAUUACCGGCGGUCUUACCGGCAUUGGACGGGCGAUUGCCCUGGAGUACCUUCGUCAUGGAGCCAAAGUCGCAAUCAGUCGUUUGGGCGGACCCAAAGAAGAGGAACUCUUGCGGGCUCUCAACAAGGAGGUGAAUCAGAUUGAGGAGGGUGCCGAAAAAACGAGAUUUAUCACCGUAACCGGGGACAUCUCGCAACCUGAGACGGGCAAAGAGUUUGUCGCAAAGACUGUCGAGGCAUUCGGGCGUCUGGAUAUCUUUGUCAGCAAUGCUGGCAUUUGCCAAUUUGCAGAUUUCCUUGAGCUUGAAACAUCCCUCUUUAACCAGACCGUGGCCACCAAUCUCUCCGGGGCAUUUUUCGCAACACAAGCAGCAGCUCGACAGAUGGCUCUUGCACAAUCGCCUUCCGGAGGUUCCAUCAUUGGCAUCAGCUCCAUCUCCGCCCUCGUCGGUGGCGGCGAACAAACCCACUACACUCCCACCAAGGCCGGUGUGUUGAGUCUGAUGCAGUCGUGUGCGGUGGCCUUGGGCAAAUAUGGAAUUCGAUGCAAUGCCCUCCUCCCCGGUACGAUUCGAACGCAACUCAACGAUGCAGACCUGGCGGAUCCGGAAAAGAAGAAGUACAUGGAAGGUCGAAUUCCAUUGGGGCGGCUGGGUCAGCCGCCUGAUCUGGCUGGGCCGGCUGUCUUUUUGGCCUGUGAUGAACUAAGUGGAUAUGUGGUACGUUUGAAGAGCGUGUUCGUCAUGAUUUGA